AAACUCAUAAUGAGUAAAGCAAUCGAAAAUUGACUUUUCUUUCUAUCAUGAACCUUAUAAUUUCGAAUGCAAAUUUCGGAUUACAACGCUAAUCACUUCAAAAGGGAUUUUUUAAAAAUCGCAGUUUUUAUCUUUGAGAAACGCGAAAACCCUUGAAUCUGACACAUUUAAACUCAUGUCCUAAAUGGCUGGUUUUCAAACAUACCUUAACAAAUGAUUGGAAUACUUACUUUAUUUUGUCUGUAUUGUCGUCCAUCAGUGUUAACAAACCAUUGUCUUUUCAGUAGUUUGGAUUUAGGUCAUGGAUCAAUGAGAGCAUAAUACAGGUUCUAUUGAAGAGUAUUUGCAUACAUUCACUGUUCGGUUAAUAUUUUGAUUUACAUAACAAAUAUGAAAGGCAAACAGGAUUGUUUAAUGACACUGUUUAACUUAUCACUGUGUACAUUGAUGUGACUUAGAAAUCUUGGAUGUUGUCUAGACCAACUAAACUAUAUACUGGAAUUAUGUCUAUUGUUACCCAUCUAUAGCAACACAUGAUCGAUUUCGGAUUCAUUGCUUUUAAGCUACACAACCCUUAGUCAUUUUAGUCACUGACUUCUGUUUUGCUUAGAACUUCGACGAAAAUAUCUGUUGUUCAUACACCGCUCAAACAGACUAAUGAUUAUUUUCUGGUAUAUAAAUAUACAUUGUCCGUAGUUCAACCUGAAAUCUGGAUUUAGCCCAUUGGUUGUAUCGGGAGCUUCCUUGGCUCUAAAUAAUCGGUAGGGAGAUGCUCUUAAACUUCUCAUAUAAUCUUAACAAGAUUAGUAUUUAUUUAUUUAUUCGUCUUUUUUUAAAAACUCUAUAUUUAGCUACUCUAUGUAAUGGCAAUGUUAUCGAGUUCAACACCAAUGUUCAAGUAUUACAGUUUGUAAAGCUAGAUAUUGUUUACUUAUCAGACUCAAAACGAUUUAGAAUCUCCAUCACUUUUAAAAUGGAAAAAAAUUCACAAGGUAAAAAUAAUCCAAUUACAAAAAAUGAAACAGUUGCUGACAUAUCAAAUUCCUCAGUUGAUGAUAAUUCACUAAUUAGUCGAGCAACUGAAGCUGUUCGUGAUUAUCUGGAAUAUGAUUUUGAAUGUCUUGUUUCUGAUGUCAAUAUAUUAACACGUAUGAAUCAAGCUUCAAGCGAACGUUACAUGGAAUUAACUACAAAUACAAAUGAUAUGACAAGAAAAUUAAUUGAUGUGAACAACCGUUUUGCUUCAUUAAGUGAUGCCCUGAAAAAAAUUGAUCAGUUCGAUAAGGAUAUAGAACAGUUGGAGAAAAAAGCGUUUGAAAUUGAAGCUUUAACCAAACAACUAGAAAAUCGUUACAAUAAAUUGGAAACUGAACACAAUCAUUGAAUGACUGUUGGAGGGGAUCUACAGCUAUUCAUUUUGUACACAUACUUGAUUAUGUACAUCUAAUCCAUAAAACAAUACCAAUUUUCACUUCAAAUUCUUUUAUUAUCUAAGAUUAUCCAUUCCUCUUCAGUGUUCCACAAAAGUACAUUUUCGAGCAUUUUCCCAUUCUAUUAGUGAAUGAGUGCUCCAUACGACAGUACGCCACUGUAGUGGAUCUCAACUUUCCAGAUGAAAAAAAGAAAUGAAAGAAAAGUUAGAGCUUUUGAUGAAAUAUUCAGUGAAAAUUAUGAUUUUAUAUAUAGCAAUUACAUAAUAAAUGAACAGAAAAUUACCCAAAAAUCCUUGAUACAGUCCAAAUAUUGACCAUUGAAAAAUAGAUUCGCUACAAAUUCACAAUGACAUAUCCUGUCGCUUUUUUUUCUACAUUAAUUUUAAUAACAUGUUUUCGAUGUCUUGUUUUUUUUUACAUUGAAACGGAAAUAUUUUUUUAAUUGUAAUAAUAAUAAUACUAUGUAAUUUAACUUUGUUUCGUUUUUCUCAAGAAAUAUAUUUGUUUUCAUCUUUU